AUGGCGCACGAGAUACCGUUCAGAACCGGCUCUUCAUCAUACAGCAAUGCAUGUAUUCAGUCGGGCAGGGAGAGCGGCCAAGCCUCGGCCAUCUCCUGCUUUCAAUGUCGGGGCCGGAAGGUGAAGUGUGAUCGGUUGAAGCCGAACUGCAGUCGAUGCGUCCGACUGGGGGACGAAUGUGUGUUCCCAACAUCGCGACAGAAGCGAAUGAUACGGAAGAAGAACCCUGCUGGCACAUUGGAGACUCGGCUAGGUAGCGGUGGAGCAAACGGGCUACUCAAUGACCCCGUCUCCCUUGGCGAGGAAGACCGACUUGAUCUGGACUGGACAGACAUCAACCAAUCGGAUUUAUACGGGCCGGCGCCGGAUGACGUCCCUUUUAUCCCAAUGAUGGCCAUGUCAUCACAGGAGGUCCCAUCUCCGGGAAACGAAUUGAUUGGGCUUGGUCAAUUCGAGCAGCUCCCACCCUCCCAUUUGACUGAACGACUAGUUGCCUUGUAUUUUGAUGAGCUCAGCCAAGACGCUCCAAUGUUGCACCGCGCGCGCUACACGGCAUCUCUACGUCGACCUUGCCACAUGCGUCCGCCGAUGUCCUUGCAAUACGCCGUCUUGGCUCUGGCCGCAACAACACGUCAGGAGUUCACACAUCUGGCCAUGCCAUUUUACGAGCGCUCUAGGCGAUAUGCCGAGGCGGAUGAGAUGAAGCCCAUACGCAGUGUUGGUGCUUACUGGGAUCGUUCGAGUCACAACACCUCAUCUUCUCUCGCGCGUCUCCCACAGCAGCCGACGGACCCUCCGCUUCAGCCACCGAGAGAUUAUUUUGAGGCAGAGGAGCGGAGGAGAACUUGGUGGGUCGUCUUCUGCUCAGAUCGUUUCGUGAGUGGUAUUACAAGUUGGCCGGCCCUGAUUAACGAUAAAGAUAUCGAAACUCGAUUACCAGCUUCGGACGAAGCCUUCGACAUGGGAACCAACGAGCCGACUCCAUGGCUCAGAGACGCCCUCCGAGGGACCGUUUCCUAUUCUCCCUUUGCUGGCAAGGUGCUCACAGCCCAUACUUUCUACAGAACUCUCGAACAUACAUUCCGGUCCUUCUCUCAUGACGAUGUCGAGAACACCACGGACGGUCCUUACUGGACCCGACAGCGAGGGAUUGACGCCGACCUAUCCAACAUGAUUCUGUACCUCCCGGAGAGCCUGCGCCUCCCCCAGUGCGCGUGGAACCGAAACGCUAUUGUUGUUAACGUCGGUAUUCACACGUCCGUUAUUUGCAUACACCGAGCAGCGUUAGCUAAGAUAAGAGAGCUCGGCCUCUCAGUAGACCUGUUUGCAGACAGCAGACUCCGGCUUCUGCCCUCGGCAGAGCAAAUACUAAACGCCCUAAAGUCAAGCGGCGACAUUCAAGGGGCCAUGAACGACCAUUUCUUAGUAUUUUCUGCCUAUCUUGGAUCCUUGAUAUUUUUAGAAGACUACAUGCAAACCCAAAGUCGACAGAGCGAGCAUAAUCUCCAUAAUCUUCUUGGUGCAAUGGCCGGCGCUGGUGAGAAGGACCCGUUCUCGCGCUCGCUAGCAAUACAGCUUGCGACAGGGAUGAGACAGGUCGGAAUGGACUCGAGCACUUUGGACAGAGUACAAGAACUCCCACCAACAUCCGUGUCGGUACCUAUUCUCGCCAAACGAGACAAGGCAUCAGCGCACAUUACUUUCUGUUCAAUUUUACCUUCAAGGAUGGAUGAUUACUCAGGCUCACCAAACCGAAUAGAGGCGUAUAUGGGACUAUAAGUGCACUCUAGCCUGGGUGGCGAGAGCAUACCGGUUGUUGUGUAAGGCAUUCCGCCUCGGGAGUUAAUAUUGUACAACGUAUUAUUAAGGUCUAACUAUGAGUGUCUUUGUUGAUACUUAUUUUGG